AUGAAGAUAUAUAUUCUUGUUAUUCCUACUUUGUUAUUACUCUCUCAGUCCAUUCAAGGUAAGUAAAGUGUCCUAACUUGUUUAGUUCAACUCUUUCAUUGACAAUUGAGUGAAAGGUUUGAGAAGCAAAUCAUGAACUGCAUGAUUUUGAUCAUCAAUGAUCAAUUUCGAUUCGUUAGCCCAUUCUUUGAUGAAUUCCGUUUUAAUGUGUUUAGUGUGACGCUCUAGACAUUAUGAAAGAGCAGAAUCUGAUUCCUUGACAAACAUUCGCGGUUCCAUCGGCUUCCGCGCGGAAAAAAACAAACGAAAACGUUUCAAGUGGCCUGCAUCCCCAGCAGUUUAGGUCAAAAAACCGAGCCAGUUUCAUCAGUGAUUCGAAUUUCGAUCGUUCCGACUUCCGCGUUCCACUCCACCGGAAUCUAGUUCAAGGGCGCUUGCUAGUUCGCACAAAAAACAGUUUCAUGGCUGCCUAUCACUUACUACAUCGGUAUCAUGUCAUUUCUCACUGAAAUCCGAUGCAAUCGAGAACAAACCCCAAGGUCGGACUCUUUAGUAGGCAGUUAGCGGUUCAAAGAACUAGAACCUAAGACAGAAAAGGACACCGUGAUCGGUAUCAAGACUAGGGGGCAACACCCAAAACUCAAGGUAAUAAGAAAAGAAUGAGAUGCAUUCUAUUGCAGGGGCCGAGAAUUCACCGUCUGCAGGAAAAGUGUGCAUGACCGUAGAACAUCUGAGACCGGCAGACAAUACGACUCAGUUCUAUGAGUGUGCUCCACUCAAUGAUGAUGAGGUAAACAGGCUCGCAAGGGGAAUAAUUGUGCAAGAUCAAAAGUUCAGAUCAAAGGAUACGCGUUGAGUAAGAAAUACCUUGGCGUGUGGAAUCUCAGAGAUUGCCCGAAAGAGCACGAGUUUGACGAGCCGAAACAGAGAUGUAUUGAGAAGAAAACGUUCAGAAGGUAUGAACUAACUUGGGAAUAAAAGCACAAAAGUGUUGUACCAGACAACAAGUGGCAUGUGCCCAAAACGCCCAAGCUACCGGAUGCGUAACCGCUUGCCAAGCACCAACAGCACUUGCCAACCAGGGAAUGGAAUGCAAUUGGCGUUCCUCACCGCUCCAAAGAGACACAGCCAGCAACGCGUACUUCUUCCAAUGCGUCCCAUCGUCCCCAACUGAAGGUUGUGGUGAAUGGACCCGUAUGCAGUGUUCUCCAUCUACUGUUUUCAAUUCGGACCUCAAUGUUUGUGUCCCCCUCGCUAUUCAGAACUCUUGCGAUAGCUCGAUCCAACAGCCCGUCUGUAGCUGUUCUCAGGUGUCUAACUCCUGCCCUGGAACUGCACAAUGUCAGAAUGUGAGUAUAUUAUAAUUACUAUCAAUGAUUACGUGUUUUCAUUUUGCAGAAAGUUUGUUGCCAACAAACGGAUUCGCUUAGUCUGAACAACCUUAUCCAACAUCAAGCGCCCUGUAAGUAGAAAACUUCGAAUCUUUAUCAAACAUCAUUUAUUCAGUGUGCCCUGGAUCUAAUGUCCCGCCACUUGGUUCCUGCAGUGAGCAAUGCCCUCAAUGUAAAAAUUUCUUUAAAGAUAUAUUCUCAACCGUCCAAAUGUUUUAGAUUCUGCAUGCACUCCCGGCCUCGGAUGCUGUCCAGUUCCCGUUAACGAGCAACCAAGCGGAAUUAUCAAAAUCACACUGUGUCCGGGAUCUUAUGCUCCACCACUCGGUGUCUGCGGCUCGUGUCCUUCGGGAACUCAAUGCAAUCAGCAGUUGCAAAUGUGUUGCCCACUCCAACAACAGCCUUCCACCGACAUCGUGUACAAUGUGGUUCUUCUUUGCCCUGAUGGCACACCUUCCACCACCUCUUGCUCCCAAGGAUGUGGACCUAAUAACGCUUGCUUCCAAGGCGCGUGCUGUCCGAUUCGUUGCCCAUCUGGACAGGUAAGAUAUCAAAUACCAAUUAUAUAGUGAUAGUUAAAUAUUCAGAACGCCGUUGGUUUCUGCUCUGCCGGAUCUUGCGGAGUUGGUAGCUGCUACUCUAAGACCACGUGCUGCCAAGAACCGAUAAAACUGCCUAUUUGCUCAAACGGCCAAAUCUCCCAGAAACGUUGUUUGGUUGCUGCUGAAUGCGGUCCAAAUCUCGAAUGCUCAAACGGAGGCUGCUGUCCUAUUCCAUUCUGUCCAAAUGGUGUUACGGCCCGCGGUAGAUGCUCCGCAGUUAAUGGAUGCCCAAUGGGUCAGGCUUGUAUGGAAGGACUAUGCUGCCCACUUCCAAGGUGCUCGAAUGGAAUCACUUCUCUCGGAAUCUGCACGAGAACUCUCGAUUGCGGAAGAAUGGGUGUGGACUGCAACAACGGCGCCUGCUGUCCCCUUCCAAGUUGCCCCAACAACCUGUCCGCUUCCCAGAGAUGCUCAGCAGGUUGCAAUAACUGUUGCCCUGUUGGUCAGACUUGCAUGAACGGAGGUUGCUGUGACCUUCCUUCCUGUCCCGCUGGAGGUUUCGCCAUCUCCAUGUGCUCCGGAAAGUGUGGAAGCGGGUACGAAUGCGUGAACAGCGGAUGCUGUUCCCUUCCAAGGUGUCCAAGUGGUCUGAUGUCCGUGCAAAGAUGUGCCAUGGGAAUCGGAUGCCCACCUGGAAACGUGAGUUGUUUAGGAUCUACUUUAAUAACAAAAAAGAAUUCAGCAAUGUGAAAAUGGUGUGUGCUGUCCUAUGCCAAUGUGCUCAAGCGGAAGUAUUGCAUCGUCUGUUUGCGGUAUGGCAAACUCCUGUCCGAUCGGCUACAUUUGUGAAGGUAAGACUCCUGUAGCACCUUUAAUGUGACCAGAACUUUUCUCUUUAAAGGUCGUGGAUGCUGUCUGGAACCACUUCCACUCUGUCCAAACGGUGGCAGAGCUUCGAUGAGAUGUUACAGAGGAGCCGAGUGUCCACCUGGUUAUGGAUGCACUCCGCUCGGUACGUUUGUUUGCUAACAACUAUUGCCAUUGUCAUUCAUUUUAUUCAACACAAAAAAUAAGCAAUAUUUGCUAAUUUCCACUUCCAGGCGGUUGCUGCCUCCUUUCAAUGGAACCAGUGUGCCCAACCAGAUCCAACGCAGUUUGCCAAUGCUCGCCCAACAAUGUUUGUCCGUCUGGUUCGAGCUGUACUAUGGGAACGUGCUGCUCUAGCGGCAUCAGUCCCAUCGUCUCGUUCAGUGUUCCUGGCACGGGAUGUCAGAAUACGAACCAGUGUAACGGAUUCCAAAACAGUUGUGCUCAAUGCGUUCAGGGAGUGUGUUCCUGUGUGAACGGAGCGGCUUCAAAUGGAGCAACUUGCGAGCAAAUGGCUCCGACUAUCUUGACUUUGGCCCGAAACGGAUGUGACCAGUAUGGAUCGCCUUGCAAAUUCCUUCUCUCUACCGCCAGAAGACGUCCGAUCUUUGCGCCAACUUCUAAUUUGACUGAAACUCCAUGUAGGUUCAACUUCACAGUUGCAGUGCUAUUUCCCGAUUAUUUCAGUGUUCUUCAACGUAGCUGCAAAACGAAAGUGUAUUGCCGACAUCCAAAAUUUCGACUCGGAUUCCACUUGCCUUCCAAACGAGAAGUGCAUUGACGGCGAAUGUAGAAUGUGAGAUUAUUCAAGACGUUGUUCAUCGCAAAAUACUUCUUUUCAGGAAAUUGUGGCCAGGAGAAUACGGUUGUCAAACGGACACGGAAUGCCAGUCGAGAUGCCCGAAUACGUACUGCGAAAAGAAGAAAAGUGACAAGAAUGUUCCCCAGUGUCAGUGCGCGAACGGAAUGUUGCUUUACGGAAGAUGCUGUGAGUGCAAGCUGUUUUCAAACAUUGAGAUAAUCUUCCAUAUUUCAGUCUCCCAGUGUCCACGUGGUUUCCAUGAGUCUGGAGCGUUCUGUAUGCAUGACGAUGAAGAGAAGUUCUGGAUGGAUGCAGAAGCUCAGGAUAAUCUGAAGGCUUUGUUGAACGCUGGAAAAUGCUGA